AUGCCACCAAAGAAACGUUCCUCGCGGCGCCUCACGCUGAAUGCUGGCGAGGAGUAUACCCUUGUCGGGGACGGCGCCGUGCAAAUCACACUCCAGUCGGGUCUGCUGGAUGUGGCUGGGGUGAUGCUGGACACAAAUCGCCCUUACACCUUUUACUUGCACACGGAUCGUCAGGCUGUCACGCUCUUCACGCUGGAGGGGGCGGCGUGCAUGCUGUCGAGUGACAACAAAGUGGAUACUCAUCGAGGUGUGGCACGGGCGGGCAAACUGGUGCAGAUGACACGACGCACUAUUCUCACGGCGAAGCGCACAAAGGUGCUCGUCAUUGGGCGCCCCCGCAGCGGCAAGACGCUCGCCGCACACACUCUGUGCAAUCUGCUUAUGCGCUACGGCAAUGACAAGAAGAGCGUGUUCUUGAUGGACUUGAAUGCAGAGUCGAAUUGCCUCUACGCACCAGGGUGCGUGUCGUGCAUCCAGGUCUCCGAGGCACCACUGUGGCCGGGGCUGACGGCGAGCCCGAAGCUUCUGCCGCUUUCCCUCUACACCGGUGCCGCUGUUCGCCCCUCUGCGAGCAAUGUGAACUCGCUUCUACACUACUACGACCAAUUAAAUGAGACAGUCAUGGCCUACACUCAGGAGGUAAGCGGGGCUGCGGCUGUCAACGCCUCGCAGCAGUCGGCGUCGCUGUAUGCGUCAUCUCUCAACGAGACUCGGUCGCACGUCGUCGUCGAUGCCCCGGCACCGCUGGCAGACCUACAGGAGGGUGUCUGGUACAAGAAGCUCAUCGAAGUGCUUCGUCCGUCGCACGUGGUGAUUGUCAGCAGCCGCGAGGACGGCGAGGAGAGGUGGUCCACCUUUCUGCAGGAGGAUGUGCAGCGGGUACUGCCAGAUUGUGAGUUUCUCUUCACCGAUCCAGUUGCCCACCCGUGCGAGCGUUCGUCGAGUCGCGAACUGAUGAGGGAGUACUUCACUGGUACCCCGUUCUACUCUCUAGGCUGCUCUAAAGUGGUGGUGCCGCUCAAAUCGCUCAUGUUUGUGGAGGAGGCGAGCGAGGGCUCGGGGUCUGGCAACGCUGACGGCGUCCUUAUGCGUGUGGUGCACCCUGACGCAUCUUUCCAAGCUCUUGUGUGCGCUCUUUCCCAUGCGGAGCUUCUGGAAGAGGCGCCAUUGGCCCCGAUUGCCGGUCUGGUGACGAUUGUCUACGUUGAUGAGAAGAACGAGGAGGUGGCGAUGUUAAUCCCGGCCGCAGAGGAGCCUCUGCUGCGUCGUCUGAUCAUCGUUCCACAGUCUCGCUACCGCGAAACGUUGCGAAUGACGAAUGCACAGGUGGCGACGAUGGAAGAGUGCGUGGCGGUCUAA